AUGGAAGACUUAACAGGUACUGAUAUGAAUAAUUCCAUUGUGCCUAACAUUACUUCUAACAGUGAAGAUUAUUGGGAUGCAGGAGAUCCUACUUUUGUUUGCGAGAAAUGUGGAGCACAUUUGUGUUCCAUAAACAGUGAAGAUAUGAUUGAUCCUGAUAUUGUCCUAUCAUUGAAGGAAAUGUUAGAUAAACACAACAAUAUUGCUCAAUCUUUUAGGUACGCUAGAGAUCGAUAUAGGGAAGAUGACUUCAGUGGAGUGAAGUUGAGGAUGAUUCGAAAGCGUGGCAGUUAUGGCAAAGUUUAUAAUCUUCCCUCUGCAUCAGAAGUUGCUGCUCUGAUUGUCGGGGAUAUAGACACCGCAUUGGGUGAUAGGGAUAUUGUUGUUAAGACACAAGAUAGAGUUUUGCAGCGUAUAAAUGUCAAGCAUCCGUUGUAUCUUGGUUUGCAGUAUCCUUUGUUAUUUCCUUAUGGUGAAGAUGGUUAUCGUGAUGAUGUCGAGCGAUCUUAUAUACCCCAAGGUAAGACGAAUCCAGGAUCCAAUGUUAGCAUGCGGGAAUUCUUUUCGUUCAGGAUUCAAAUGAGGUCAGGAGAGUCCCAAGUUCUCCUGAACUCAAGGAAGCUUUUUCAACAAUUUUUGGUUGAUGCUUACACUAUGGUUGAGUCUGAUCGGCUGAAUUUUAUUCGAUAUAACCAGAGUCAUCUCAGGGCAGAGUUAUACAAAAAUAUAAAACAUGCAUUUGACAGGGGUGAAGAUGAAGCUAUAAACACUGGAAAGCGUAUCAUUAUUCCUUCUUCGUUCACAGGUGGAACUAGGUAUAUGGCUAAGAAUUGUAAAGAUGCCUUUGCAAUUUGUCGUUGGGCUGGAUAUCCUCAUCUGUUUAUAACGAUCACCUGCAAUCCUAAGUGGCCAGAGAUUACCAGAUUUCUUAAGGCAAGAAACCUUAAUGCUGAAGAUCGUCCUGAUAUUCUUUGCAGAGUAUUCAAGUUCAAAUUGGACCAAUUGCUAUAUGAUUUAAAAAAUGGUCGUUUUCUUGGCACAUUUAAUGCACGUGUUUGUACAGUUGAAUUUCAGAAACGUGGACUGUCUCAUGCUUAUAUUAUACUUUUGUUGCAUCCCUCCGCAAAGCCUAAUACUGAACUUGACAUUGAUAAUUUGAUUUCAGUUGAGAUUCCUAACAAAGAUUUCAAUCCUUCACUUUUUGCAGCUGUCACGAGUUACAUGAUGCAUGGACCCUGUGGUCCUGACAAUUACAAGUCUCCUUGCAUGAAGAACAGACAUUGUUCAAAGAAAUUUCCCAAGAAGUUCUGCUCUCGUACUUUUAUUGAUGAUGAUGGAUUCCCUCAUUAUAAAAAAACAAAUGAUGGGAGUGUUGUCAAAAAGAACGGCGUUGAACUUGAUAACCGUUAUGUUGUGCCGUAUAAUGUACAACUUCUUCUAAAAUAUCAAGCGCAUAUCAAUGUUGAAUAUACCUGUCAGAGUAGUGCCAUUAAAUAUCUUUUUAAAUACAUUCAUAAAGGGCAAGACAGGGUGACAGCUGCUAUAAAUCAUUCAGAUGAUGAAAUCAAAAUGUUUUAUGAUUGCAGGUAUGUGUCUGCAUGUGAAGCUGCUUGGAGAAUAUUCGGAUUUGAAAUUCAUUAUAGAUUCCCCCAUGUUCAGCGAUUGCCAUUUCACCUACCCAAUGAAAAGAGCGUUGUUUUUAGUGAUCAUGCUUCAAUAACUGAUGUCAAGACUAGGGCAGAAUCUAGACAAUCAAUUUUUGAGUCUUGGAUGGAUGCAAAUAAAAAAUAUCCAGAAGGUAGGCAUCUUACUUAUGCAGAGUAUCCAACUCAAUUUGUUUAUAAAGAAAACACGCAUGAAUGGCAUCCCAGAAAACAAGGAUUUUCAAUUGGAAGAAUAAAUCAUUUUUCUGCCAAUAAUGGAGAAGAUUCCUAUCUCCGAACUUUACUUAAUUUUCAAAAGUGUUGUACAAGUUACAAAGAUUUGAGAACUGUCAAUGUGGUGAUUUUUCCUACAUUUAAGGUUGCCUGCUAUUCUCUGGGACUUUUGGAUGAUGACAAUGAGUACAUUGAUACAAUUAAAGAGGCAAGUUCUUGGGGGUCAGCAACUUAUCUGAGAAAUCUGUUUGCUUUAUUGUUAUUUGGUAACUCAAUGAACAAGCCUGAAAAUGUUUUCCAAAAAUGCUGGGAAUUACUAUCUGACGAUGUUCUUUAUCGGCAUAGGCAAAGAAUUGGACGUGAAGAUGCAUUUCUUACGGAGGAUUCUAUAAAAAACAUAACCCUUGCAGAAAUUGAUAAGGUGUUACAAAGCAAUGGUAAAUGCCUCUCUGAUUACCCAUCCAUGCCGAGUAUCAUCGGUGAAUCUUUAUUGAAUAUUCGGAAUAGACUGGUGAUGGAUGAAUUGUUGUAUGACAGUUUCUCUUUGAAAGAAGAGCAUGACAGACUACUGAAUUCACUCACUGAUGAGCAGAUGUUUGUUUAUAACAAAAUAAUUUCAGCUGUUUCAGCAGGUAAAGGAGGGUUUUUCUUCCUGUACGGCUUUGGUGGUACUGGAAAAACAUUUAUUUGGAACUCCCUGUCAGCAUUUCUUCGAUCAAGAGCUGGAAUAGUGCUUAAUGUUGCUUCUAGCGGAAUUGCUUCACUUCUACUUUCGGGAGGACGUACAAAACAUUAUAGAUUUCGUAUUCCUAUUCAGAUCAUCGAAGAUUCAACGUGCAAUAUAAAACAAAAGUCUACUUUGGCAAUUGUUGUCUAA